GCUCGUGGUGCUUAGAGGUUUGGAGAGUUUCGAGUUGUCAUGUCUGGUCGCGGCAAGGGCGGGAAGGGCCUGGGCAAGGGGGGCGCCAAGCGCCACCGCAAAGUGCUGCGCGAUAACAUCCAGGGCAUCACCAAGCCCGCCAUCCGGCGGCUGGCCCGGCGCGGCGGCGUCAAGCGCAUCUCCGGCCUCAUCUACGAGGAGACCCGCGGGGUGCUCAAGGUGUUCCUGGAGAACGUGAUCCGCGACGCCGUCACCUACACGGAGCACGCCAAGCGCAAGACGGUCACGGCCAUGGACGUGGUCUAUGCGCUCAAGCGCCAGGGCCGCACCCUUUACGGCUUCGGGGGCUAAGUUUUUUUUCUCCGCUUCGGAGCUUUUCGUUUCUCAUCCACCCAAAGGCCCUUUUCAGGGCCACCCAUGUAGUCGCCAGGAAGAGUUGCACACUUUCCAGUAUGGGCCAUUUCCGGUUUUUUCUGCCAGUUGGUGAUGGUACGGUUUCUCAUUUGUAAGCUAGGUUGCUUCUGUUAACUCAUUUAUGUACUCUGGAAUUGUCUUUCGUUUUUCAAGCUUAAUGCUUUACACCCGUCAGUUUACGUGAGAACAUUAAAGAAUCCGAAAUAAUAAGCUUGGAAUAGGUGUCAAUAUAAAGGUUUGUGUUUAAACAAGUAUUUUGUUUCAAUCUUACGUCACUGAGUUCGUUACAGGGAGGAUUCUGUUGUACGCAGCAGAACCUGACUGAUCGGUUCUCUCAAAUCUCUCCCCUUCGUGUCAGCAAUAGAGAAGUCAAGGUAGCCGUCCUAAGUGGGUUACUGCUCUCUUUUUCUGAGACCCUGUAAACAUGGCAAGAGACUGCAGCUUAGCCCUGUGUCUUGGUGUCAUCCUAAAGUGUGUGAUUUUGUCAACCAUUUUAGGGGAUCAUCGCGGUGUAGAGUAUGUAUAGUUUAAGAAGUUUGUAAGUCCUCAAUAUCCUCUGAGAUUAAAAAAAAAAAAAAACUGGGAACCUCGCAUAGAGGGACGCUUAGUUUUUGUGUUGUCUUC